AUGGACCUCGAUACUCCAAAUAUUGAAAAAGAAACCCUCCCCGUAUCCCCUAAUAAUUCCCCCUCCUCUGCUUCUACCGACACUCCAAACGAAACUCGCUCUAUCCACAGUUUCCGCUGGAUCCUCAUCAACCUCGCUCUUUACGUCUCCAUCUUCAUCUACGGCCUCGAUACAACCAUCGCAGCCGACGUUCAAAGUUCCGUUGUCGAAGCUUUCGGACACGUCGAACAACUUGCCUGGAUCGGCGCGGGAUUUCCCCUCGGCUCUGUCUCCGUCAUCCUUCUCUACGGCGUCCUGUACACGAAUUACAACAUAAAAUGGGUCUUCGUUGCGUCCACAGUUCUCUUUGAAGGUGGUUCAGCACUCUGCGGUGCAGCACCGAGCAUGUCUGCCUUAAUUGUUGGACGAGUCAUUGCUGGAGCUGGCGGCAGUGGCGUUUUCAUGGGAUGCUUGAACUACUUUACCGUCUUGACGACACCCAAGGAGAGGGGUGUGUACAUCACCGGAACGGGCUUCUGCUGGGGUAUAGGCGCUGUCCUUGGCCCCGUCAUUGGAGGCUCCUUUGUUCAAUCCAGCGCUACUUGGCGCUGGGCCUUUUACAUCAACCUCAUUAUUGCUGCUGCUUUCGCUCCUGUUUAUCUCUUUGGACUUCCAGCCAUUCAUCCUGCUGAUGGCGCCUCUGUCUCUGUUUUUGAGCGUACAAAACGGAUCGACUUCCUUGGAUUGUUCCUUGGUGCUGGUACUUGGGUCUCUUUUACCAUGGCAUUUACCAUGGCUGGCGGUCAAUGGGCGUGGAGCGAUGGUCGGACUAUUGCCACUAUUGUGGUAUUCGUGGCUGUAUCAAUUAUUUUUGGCAUACAGCAAACCUUUGCUAUUCUUACAACUCCUGAAAAUCGUUCGUUCCCAGUUCACAUCUUGCGAUCUCGAUCUCAGGUCCUGUUGUACAUUGGAACCGCAUCAAACAUCACCUCACUUUUUGUCAUUGUCUAUUUCAUCCCAAUCUACUUCCAGUUCGUUUAUGGAGACUCCGCCAUUGAGGCCGCCAUCCGACUGCUUCCAUUCGUUAUCCUUACUGUCAGUUUCAACCUCGCUGCCGGCCACCUCCUCUCCAAAGUCCGAUAUUACAUGCCGAUUUAUAUCAUCGCCGGCUUCUUCAUCACUCUUGGCAGCGCACUGCUCACCGCUUACCUCGACCCCAAGACUCCCGCGAAUUAUAUAUAUGGUUUUACCGUCAUUGCGGCUGUGGGAUCCGGCUUGACUCUCCAGAUUGGUUAUGCUGUCGCUACACUUAAAGUGAAUCCCAAGCAUAUGGGCGACGCACUUUCUCUGCAAAAUGUAGCUCAAAUUGGCGGAAGUGUCAUCGCACUUGUCAUCGCUGGUCAAGUCUUUCAAUCCACUGCCACGAGGAACCUGACCAAAGUGCUGGCCGGUAGUACCUUUAACUUCACGGCUUCUGAUAUUCAGAAUGCCAUUGCCGGAGCCCAGAGCACCAUCUUUGAAGAAAUUACUGGCGAUCUAAAAGAUCAAGCCAUAUUAGCUAUUACGAAAGCUAUGCAAAAGGCAUUUAUUAUUGUUUGCGUAGGAGGUGGCGUCCACAUGAUAAGCGGGCUUCUCAUGAAGCGAGAGAAGCUCUUUGGCGACAUUGUCCCUGUUGGCGGCGGCUAAGAAAACAGCUGCCUAAAGAUGGAUCGUGAUUUUUUAAUCGGCAACAUUUGAGGCUUCUUCAGUAGCGAGA